UUUGGGGUAGAUGGGCGGGUUUUCUUUGGACCGCCAUCUAGAGAAUCUGCGCCGGCGAUACUGCUUUGUGGCGGCCUUCUUGUUUGCAGGACGGGCGUAAUCUUUUUCUCUUCAGCAAGGUCUCGAGCCGGGAGGAGUAAAACAGCAGAGUAAUCUGAAACGUGAUCUCCAAAAUGAAUUUCUUCUUGGAAACGCUCAAAAUAAUUUUGCUGUGUAUAUAUUAUCUGAUGGAGUUUUUCUUAUCAUUCAUCUAUGCAAAGAAGAAAAAUGUUGCUGGUGAAAUAGUGCUUAUAACUGGAGCUGGAAGUGGAAUGGGAAGGCUGAUGGCUUUAAAAUUUGCUCGACUUGGAGCCACUUUAGUUCUUUGGGACAUUAAUCUGGAAGGAAUCAAAGAAACAGCUAGAUUAGCACGUAAAAUUGGGGCUGUGAGAGUACAUGACUACAUUUGUGAUUGCAGCAAAAGGCAAGAAGUCUAUCAAGUGGCAGGCCAGGUGAAAAAGGAAGUUGGUGAUGUUGGUAUCCUGAUUAAUAAUGCUGGCAUCAUAACAGGAAGGAUGUUUUUAGACACUCCAGAUAUGCUUCUAGAGAAGAGUAUUCAAGUGAACACAAUGGCACACUUUUGGACUGUCAAAGCAUUUGUUCCAGCCAUGGUAGCUUCUAAUCAUGGACAUGUGGUGACUGUUUCAAGUGCAGCUGGCUUUUAUGGUGUCAACAAAAUGACAGAUUACUGUACAAGUAAAUUUGCAGCUCUGGGUUUUGCUGAAUCUCUAGCUUUAGAGAUGAUGGCAAUGAAAAAGAAUGGUGUAAAAUCUACAAUUAUCUGUCCAUAUCUAGUGAACACUGGAAUGUUUGAAGGCUGUGAAACAAAGUGGCCUCAUUUGCUGCCCAUUAUAGAUCCAGAAUAUGCUGUUGAAAGAAUUGUGUCUGGGAUACUCCGAAAUGAACGAUAUAUCUUUAUACCACGAAGACUACAGUUGUUUAAUGUAGUAAAAAGCAUUGUUCCUGCAAAAACGCUUGAUAUCCUUUAUGACUAUUUUGGAAUUUUAAAAGUUAUGAAUAGAUUCAAAGGUCGAACAAAGAACACUGAUGAGUACAUAUACCGGACAAAAUCAAUAAAACCUCCAGGUUCCCUUGACUAAUUAUACAUUGAGAAGCCAAUAUAUAGAACUUCCCAUUUCAUUACGUUGUUGCAAAGGUUACGCUUAAAACAAAUGUGGAAUGGCUUACUAGCAACAGGUGAAAUACUGGGAACAGGGUAUGAAUAAUUUUAACUAGUUUUUUUUACAAUUACUGAAAUAUAACCUAAUAGUGAUGCUUUAUUUCAAUAAAAUUACUUAAUUAUAGGGAAC